GCGCAGGAUGCUGAGCUGAACAGCUGAUUCUGUGCAUUUAUCCAGUAUGGGCAGCUCCAUUCCGCUAACCUAGCAUCUAUUGCAGUAUAUAAAAGGGAAUCAUUUUCACUAACGCUGCAAAGGAAAACGCACCAGCCUCACAAUGGAGCGUGUUCUUCAUUCAUCUGGCCGGACACGGGAAGAGUACCGGUACCAAACGGCACGUCCUUCAUCACAACUCACCUCAAAGUCUGCCUUUAGCUUUGGGUCCACAGCACCGCUGAGAGGUAAUGCAAUCCUUAGCGAAUUCGCCGCUAAACCGGCAGAAAGCUUCGAUUUUUCAAACAAAUAUGCAGGUGGAAAGAAUCUGAGGAAAAUUAGUGAGAAAGAAUUACUGCAGGGGCUCAAUGACCGCUUCGCGGGAUUCAUCGAGAAGGUUCAUCACCUGGAAAACCAAAACAGAGCGCUAGAGAAAGAAAUUGAGGCCAUUAGACAGAGAGCAAAAUCCUCUGCCUCUCUGUCCAAAGAGUAUGAAUCAGAACUUAGUAGUCUGAGGCAGCAAGUUCAUGAGAUAGGCCUUCAAAAGCAUCAAAUUGAGAUAAACCGCCAGAACCUGGAGGAAGAGUUUAACACUUUGAGAGAAAAGUAUAGAACAAGCCACUGA